AUGGAAUCUGACGACACCACAAACUCGUACACUUCCGAGGACGACGCCGAGUAUUCCGUUCUCCUGGACCGCCGCGAGCAGCUCACCGACCUCCUGGCCGAGUCGCCCUAUGACCUGAUCCGCUAUCUUCAACGCGCCGUCGUCUACUCAAACCUUGGCUAUCCCGACCUUGCCGCUGGCGAUGCCUAUCGCGCCCUGCUCCUGACCGACGAGGCCCGCAACGAGGGCUUCGAGUACCAUGACCAGGCUGUCCAAGCUCUCGAGUCGUACUCAUCCUCUUCCAAAUCCCUGCCCGAGGUCCUCCACCAUGGCGCCCUCCGCCAGGGAUCCGGCGACAUGGUCAACGGCUAUGGCCCCCAAGGCCCAGAGUUCCACCAGGAAAUUGCCGCCGUAGCAUCCGUCCGAUGCUAUCAGAUCAUCUCCCUCAGCCUGCUGCUCUGUGGCUGUCUGAGCAGUGCCCACACUUACUACGUCGACGUGGCCAAACUACCCGAAUGGGGCCACGUGCGGAGGGAGGUCUACCCCUGGAACACCUACGAGCCAGACCGCUUCUCUGAGAAGUCUCUGUCGUUCCUGAACCGGGAGCUCUCAACCAUGGCACCAAGAUGCGAGGUUCGGGUCUCUGAGCUCCCCGUGCUGCUUGACGCCGCAAGCAAUACAGACGACUAUGAGAUCAUCCCCACAUGCAACCAACUGGGCGUGUUUGCAAAGGAGGACAUCGCUCCCGGAGAAACAGUACUCAACGAGUACUCGCUCUUGACGGCCAACAACAGGCUGAAGGAUCAGCUGUGUGACGCUUGUGGCACUGAGCUUCCUCCCUUGGGCGCUGAAGUCGGGCCUGUCAGCUGCUCCGAGUGCUACGAUACAGUCUUCUGCGACCAAUUCUGCCACGACCAGGCCCAGGAACUCUACCACCCGGCUGUCUGCGAGAAGGACGUCGAUGCCAUCGCCAAGGACCCUGAUGCUGCAGAAUCCGACUCUGCACUGCACCUGCUGCUUCUGGCCCGGCUUCUCGCCAUGUCAGUACAACAGGAAGUUCACCCGCUAGAGCUAAAGAACAUCAGAUAUAUAUGGGGCGACUUCAUCCCGCCUCGCACCAACGCAAUCUCCAUCUCGCCCAACGCCGGACCCCCGCCGGACUGGACCCUGCCUUUCUCUUUCAGAUACAACGUCGAAACGCCACUGCACAUUCUCGAGAAGAUGGACAUUGACAUCUACCAAACUCUUCCCCAGCACGACCUGUGGGUUCUGAACACCUGCUUCGCAAAAUUCCGAGGUACAGCGUCGGCAAGACACAACACCCGCGACGGACGGCCCGAAGUCGCAGCCGUACACCCCUUCUGGUGCUUGGCGAACCACGACUGCAACCCGAAUGUGACAUGGGAAUGGGGUGGCAGGAUGAAGCUCUGGGCACGGGAACGCAAGGUUGUAGGCAACCAACCGGGAGGCAUCAAGGCCGGCGAAGAGAUUCUCAACCACUACUGCGAUGUCGACUUGCCCGUCCAGAAGAGACGGGAGUGGGCCGAGGGGAGUCUUGGGGGCUGGUGCAUGUGCAAGAGAUGUAGGGACGAAAUUGCGCUGAGUGGACCGGACGGUGCCGCAACAUCUGGAGUCGACGGUGCCGCACCAAAUGGAGUGGACGGUGCCGCACCAAAUGGAGUGGACGGCAGUUCUACCGCGGAUUCAAUGGACUGGACGGCCUCUUCAAAACCAAACGACGUCAUAAUGGCAGGCUCCGAUGGGCCUUUGCGCGAGUAA